CGCCAAAAUGCUCAUUUCACAGAGGAAAUAUUUUGCUUUUCGGAAGAAGAGCCCAACAAAGCGGCCCUGUAUCUUUUCAGCAAGAAAAGUGAAAAAAAAUCUUCCGAACCGACGAUGUACGCCAGGACAAACACGGGCAGCACGCAUGGAGAUUUUCAGGACAGAAACGGAGUGAACUACGUUUCGUCGACAGAGUCUUUCGGUCACUGCUCUCAAUUGUUCUGGAAAAAGGACCCGAACGAUUCCGGACCAAGUUCCACCAUCAGCUGGUGUGAUCAGCUGCCUCCGUCCUCUGCAGCCCUUUCUAGUUCCAGUCUCUCCUCAGCGUCACUUUCUGGCUCCAGUCUCUCCAUGGAGUCCCGAGCACCGGCGCCUCCACCUCCGCCGCCGACCACAACAGCCUCGGACGACAUGGAAUCAGACGAGAGGCCGUACGUCUGUGACCUGUGUAACUGCGCCUACAAGCACGCUAGCUCGCUCCUCAACCACAAGCUCACCCACAAAACUGGAGACUUCAAGUGCGACUUCUGCAGCAAGCCCUACACCAACUACAUGUCUCUACGCAACCAUAUGCGAAUCCAUGGUCAAAAACGCUACAUGUGUGAUCUCUGUGGGAAGGCCUUCCGCCUGGCGCGGUACCUAAGGAACCAUCAGAGGAUACAUGACGACGGACCCAACCGCUUCGACUGUCCAUCGUGCUGCAAAAGCUACAGGACCAUGCUGGAGCUGGCACAGCAUCGCUGCAGCGCUGCUGCGUCCAACCAGAACCGGUUCAACUGCCCGUCCUGCUUUAAGAGCUACCGAACCAUGCUGGACCUGGCCCAGCACCGCUGCAGCGCCGCGGCCAAAAACCAGACUGGCGGUCGGCGUUCCAAUUUCUCUGUGACCCCGCGCCGUCAGCAGCAGCAGCAGCAGCAGCAGCAGAACAGUGCUAACUCUAUGAUGCAACCACAACACGGAGGACACAACCAGCAGGAUCCUUUACCUUCCCACUGUGUCGCAGCCAUGUCCCAGGGUGGGCAAGGUGCCGGUGUGGCCGGCCAGCCAGUGCCGGACCCUCACCAGCAGGGCCGCCCCAGCCCAGUGUCUUCUCAGAGCAGCCAGCCAAGUAUGAGGAGCUCUUCAACCAACAAACACGUCCCCUCUAGUGCCACCCCAUCCUCCUCCUACUCACUACUCCAACCCCUGGUGCCUGAGGUAAAGGAGAUGAACUCGGGAUACACUAGACUGAGCGCCAACCCCAUGAAGCACCAGGACACUUUCUCCCUGGCCCCCCAGCGGCCCCUCCCCACCAUCAACCCCAUAGGUCACUCUCUUCAUCCAAACGGCGCGCCCUCACUCAAGCCUUCCCCUGUGCCACGGACCAUCCAGGCCAUGCCCUGGGAGCAGCGCUCCCUCUACAAUCAGUGAGACUCCUGACAGCCAAGUACUUGUCAUCAAGUCCGCCACCCAACAACACAGCCUCUUCUUCCACCCUGCCCUUUUCACAUCCAGCAUCGAGGAUCGAGGACUCCUGAAUGCCCCCUGCUUUCCAAACCUCUCCUGUGGGAUGCUGUGUGGGAACGGGGAGGGGCACUGUUGACAACUAGUUGAGAUUGAUUUCUGAGUAGUUAGGUUUAAAACAAUGUGUUGCCUUGACCCUCAUGUAUGAUCUAUGCCAUGUACUGGAUAUAAGUUAAAAUGUCUUUACCCUGACCUGCCCUCUUGAUAAGAAUUUAUCUCUCCCAUCCUUCUUACCCCAUAGUUAUAAAAAUAUCUAUCCUUCCCGUUAUGAAUAGUGGAAUCCCACACCCUUUUCCUUAUGUUGAAUAAAAUAGAAAGCUGUUUUUUUUUUUUUUUUUUUUUUUUUAACCAGGAGCCAAUUCCAGAUCCGGAACAAGAACCAAGUUGUUGUUAAAUGUUACAAAUUUCUUCCGAUGGUCCAGUAUGUUGGAUUUUUAAUAAAUGCAGUUUCUGGAAAAGAAAAAAGGGGAAAACAAUCUCUUUUUUCCCCCUGUAACCCUUUGACGUGCUCCAAAGUGAGCAUUGUGUAUAUUGUGCAUCAGGAGCUGUCAUCCAAGCUACUGGACUCUCAGCAAUCACCUGUUAUGUCCAAGCACAAAGGACCACAGCUGAAACCACCGGUUUUAAAGACAUCUUUAUGGGGAAUUACUUCUGGGAGAUGCAGUAUAUCUCCAACUCUUGGAAGAGUUCAAACUGACUGUUACAGUGUUCAGCACUUUAAGAUAAGUGCAGUCAAACUAUAGCUGUAGCCUACGCCCAGGCACUGUAGAGCUGUGGCUGCUCACAUGGUCAGAGACGUAAUAAUGUUACAACAGCCCCUGAUCCAGACUGGGCCGGUUGUCCCCCCAGCAGUGUCUAGAACGGAUCAGGACUGAGCUCAGCAAUGCAGCCAAAAUCCAGUUUUCAGCUUCACAGUUAAUCUCUGUAUUUAUUUAAAAAAAAAAAAAACGAUCAUGCGUGCGUCUCCCUGUUCCCAGGAUGGAUUGACUAGGUCUCAGUAAGCAGCCAAUCAUGAUUGACUUACGUUAACUUUAGAGUAUUUUGUAAACUGUUGAAUUUGAUGAAUAACGGUUCAUUCAUGGAUCCAGCAUGUAGUUAGUUUAUCUUGCUAACAUGAUGGUUGUUGAAAUACCCACAAUUCUGCUGUCACUGUCUUUCCUCUUUUAAAAGUUGUUUCUAUUUUUAUUCCUGACAUGUUUUCAUUGUUGCUUUCUCUCCUUGUAAAGUGUCUUUGAGUAUUUAGAAAAGUGCUAUACAAAUAAAAAUGUUUUAUUAUUAUCAUCAA